CUGCUGGAAGCUCAAUUUCCUUUCAUCCUCAGCAGAGGUCCCAGCCUCUGUUUCUCCGGGACUGAGAAAGUACAACAUCAUGUCUGGGCAGCCAAAACUGCGCCAGGAGAAUGGAGACACUAACAGGGAAUUAAGGAAACUCCUGGUGCAAAUUUAAUUAUGACCGCAGCCAGUUCAAGAAAAACAAGGUGUUUUGACAGGAUGAUCGUCUGCUUAUACUGUGCCAUCUGUAAGUGAGGAAGUCUGAAGACGCUUGUGAAUUCCAGUUUCGUGAUUCCUCUUCCUAGCAGCUCACUCAAAGAUGUUAAAAUGGCAUCGGACAUUCAAUAUUCGUGGUCCCUGGAAAAACGGUAAGAAAACUCACCCAACAGAGAAUGAGGUGGUUCUGACCAACAUGAAAAUACUAAGGAGUGAAGCGAUCCCAAGCAAGCAGUUGUUUCCUGACUUCCCCAGGGGGUCGGAGGCAGGGGCAGCAGCUGCUGUUCCUCAGGUUGUCAUCUCAGAAUGCCCAAACAAUGAUUUGAGCCCAACCAAGGUGCCAGAGAAGCCGGGCUACAUGACAGCUCAGGAUAUCCUAGGUCAGCAGCCACAGCAGGGCCAGCUCUCCAAAUUGGAGUGUGAAGAGUCUAGGUUUGAAUUACAUGGAUUGGUCAAUUCUCCCUCUACUCCAACGGAGUCAGAAAAGAGCUUUGUACUUCACAGCAGGGAGUCUUCCUAUGAUUCUGGCAUGCUCAGUGCCUCUUCCUCUCCCAGAACCAGCCACAUAAUAGCAGAAGCCGGGCAGGGUAAUCCAGAGAGCAUCCGGCAAAUCAAGGGCCCCACGGAAGCUGCGGAUCCUGGGCUGAAUAGUCCUGCAGUGGGGCUGGAAGACCUCCGGAGUUCCCAGGGGAGUGACAACCUUGACCAUCCUCUGAGCCAAAGCCGGGAGGAGGUUUCUGAAAAGGAAAACGAGGAAAAGAGCUCUGACUCCACUUCGGCUUCAGUUCCCAAAGAGGAAGAAAGACCAAUCAUGAGCCAGCCUACAGCCAUCUUGAAUAGUACCCGAUAUCUUCCUGGGCAGCAGUUACAAAAAUAUCCGAGUGACAGCUUGAAUGAAUACACAAAUGGAUGCCAUAAAUUACAUGAGGCCUUCUCAUUGCAGAUGAACCAAAGGAACCCUAAAGCUCUUGAUUUAGGCUUCAGAUAUCUGGAACACAUUUGUCAGUUGAUAGAAAAAAUCGGGCACCUGCAGGAGCACAACCUCAGUCUUCAAAAGCAAAUCCGUGGCUUGCGGAAAGAACUGAAAGUGAAACAAAAAAAUGAGGAGUAUUUUCUGCAGCACUGUUCCUGUGGCACAGCCACUGCCUUGUCCAGCUCAAAAAACGAGGGGAAAAAAUAUUGGAAUGUGAAGGAGAGACCACAUAGCCUCUUGGUUCACAGUGGAAACCAGUCGGAUCUUUCAAUUAUUCCAGAAAUCGGCAGAAAUGGUGGAAAACAGAACAGUUAUAAUGAUUACACAAUAUGACCUGCUACAGCCAAAGCAGCUAGGUUUCUUCUUCAGAAUAUGGAACCCAAAGAUGGUACUGCAGACUUUAAAGAUGCCCAGAUAAUCAUUAUCUACAAAGGAAAAGUGAACAAUAUGACAGGGGAGCUGCAAUGACAUGUCAUUAGUGUCUAUCAAUCAAUAAAUGGUAUUUAUUGGGUGCGAGAGUACAGGAUAGCAGAGUUGCUAGAAAUGUUCUCUGCCUCCAACGAUAUACUGUAACCAAGAUCUUGACCAGAGGUUAAAUGUUGUCAGUGUAUAGUGUUCACUCCAUGAAACUUAAUGUGAUUUCAGACUCUAGAAAGGCAUAGUAGAUAUGAUGUUUUUGCUCACCAGACGCAGAAGGGAUGAAGAGAAAUGUGGGAUGUUGAUGAAGGAAGAUUUACUUGGGAGACUUAAAUAGUACUCUAAAUAUAUUGUUUAACCAUUCUAUAAGAGGUUUGAAGACAGUAUAACUAGGUUAUUAUAGGAGAACAAUAACUGAUUAAAAACUAACCUUGUGAGUUAUGAACAAUAUGUUCUUAUUUCAAAGAGAAAAUUCUACCUUAGUUUUGUCAUAUAAGGCAUGAUUAUCCAGCAUCAUCUUCUUCUCAUGGGUGGCAUACCUCCGUAAGUCACGUUCAAACUGCUGUAAAUGUAAAUUAUUAUUUGGAGUCAGAUACUAUUUUAUUGUUUAAUACAUAAGCAUCCUGAGAUACCUAAAGAACGAUGAAUAAACUUACUGUGGUGUA